AUGGACGUCCACAUGUCCUCGUCACCGCCGCGAGGUACCAAGCGCAAGGCCGAUGAGCUCGAACCGCCACGCCGGAUCCGUGCACUGCACCAAGAUGUGGUCAACAAGAUCGCUGCCGGAGAGAUCAUUGUGGCUCCUGUCCACGCCCUCAAGGAACUGAUUGAGAACGCCGUUGAUGCUGGCUCAACAAGCUUGGAGAUUGUCGUCAAGGAUGGUGGUCUCAAGCUUCUUCAGAUCACCGACAAUGGCUCCGGCAUCAGCAAGGACGAUCUGCCCAUUCUCUGCGAGAGGUUCACGACGUCCAAGUUGAAGGCAUUCGAGGAUCUUCAGGCUAUCGGUACCUAUGGUUUCCGUGGCGAGGCUCUUGCAAGUAUCAGCCACAUCGCCCAUCUUGCCGUCACUACCAAGACUGCAGAUUCCAGUUGCGCCUGGAAAGCCCACUACGCCGGCGGCAAGCUCACGCCUGCGAAGGCUGGUCAAAAUGCCGAUCCCAAGGCUUGUGCUGGCCGACAAGGGACUCAAAUCACCGUUGAGGACCUCUUUUACAAUGUUCCAACUCGUCGUCGCGCCUUCCGUUCAUCAAGCGAGGAGUACGCUAAGAUAGCCGAUCUCGUCGGCAAGUACGCAGUCCAUUGUCAGGGUGUAGCCUUCUCUUGCAAAAAGCAUGGCGACUCUGGUGCUGGGAUCGCUGUCCCGGCCACUGCAAGCAUUCGUGAUCGCAUUCGCCUCACGCACAACAAUGCAGUUGCGAACGACUUGAUCGAUUUUCAGCUUACGAAUGAACAGUAUGGCUUCAAGGCGGACGCUCUUGUCAGCAAUGCAAACCACAGUGCCAAGCGGACUACGUUCCUGCUAUUUAUCAACCAUCGAUCCGUGGACUCGUCUGCGAUCAAGAAGGCCGUCGAACAGACAUACGCUGCGUUCCUACCCAAGGGUGGGAAGCCCUUUGUUUACCUCAGUCUCGAAAUCGACCCGGCCCGUGUGGAUGUCAACGUGCACCCGACGAAGCGCGAGGUCAACUUUCUGAACGAAGAGGAGAUCAUUGAGCUGGUCUGCGACGACAUUCGCCAGCGUCUCGGUAAAGUCGACACAAGCCGAACUUUCAUGACACAAAGUCUCUUGAGCGGCGCAAAGACGCCCACCAUCUCGAAGUUGAACACGGUCCCCGAGGGACCUUCAGCAUCAUCGCCUGCUCUUCAACGUUCUGCGACUAUGCAGAGCAGCACACGAAAACCAUAUGAGAACAGCUUGGUUCGGACUGAUGCGAAGACACGGAAGAUCACCGCCAUGUUGCCACAAGCUCAGAGGGCUGCUUCGCCCUCGAGAGAACUUGCCUCGGACGGAGUUGAAUACGAGUAUACGGACAAGGAGGCAACUAUUUGUCGUUUGACAACCAUCAAGGAGCUCAGAGCCUCGGUCAGAGAGUGCAUGCACAACGAGCUGACGGACACGUUCGCCAAUCAUACGUUUGUGGGAAUCGCUGAUGCCACCAGACGCAUUGCAGCUAUCCAAGGCGGGGUUAGGCUUUUCCUCGUCGACUACGGUCUUGUUUCCGCGGAAUACUUCUAUCAGCUAGGUCUCACUGACUUCGGAAACUACGGCGCAAUACGCUUCAAUCCACCGAUGUCUCUGCACGACCUCGUUGGGAUCGGCGUGGCCCAGGCAAAGGCGUUGGAACCAGACAACGUGGCAAUUGAGUGGGAUAACGUUGUUCCUGCCGUAGUCAACCAGCUGAUCUCCCGCAAAGACAUGCUGUCGGAGUAUUUCGCUCUGGAAAUAUCUGCAGACGGCGACUUGCUCACCAUUCCACUUCUCUUGAAGGGGUACAUGCCCUCCUUGGCCAAAUUGCCGAACUUCUUGCUUCGACUUGGACCCCACGUGGACUGGACAGACGAGAAGGGCUGUUUCCAAAGUUUUUUGCGAGAGCUCGCGAGUUUCUACACUCCUGAGGCACUGCCAGCACCACUAAUCGAAGGAGGCGAAGAUGAAGAGAUUGCCGAGAGAAGACGCCACUUACACCGUGCCGUCGAGAAUGUGCUCUUCCCAGCAUUCAAGGCAAGACUGGUGGCUACGAAGGGCCUUCUGAAAGGUGUGAUCGAGGUUGCCAACCUCAAAGGCCUGUACCGAAUCUUCGAGCGGUGUUGA